AUGGCCGCCGCUGUCGCCGCAGCCGCGUUUCGCUACCUGAGCCCCAAGUCGGUCGUGACCAUGUCGCGCAUCGACAACACCAUCAUCCCAGUCCACGAGGAUCGUUCGGCCGGCCGGCCGCUCUCCGACUCUUCUAUAGGCACGAUUGCUAACGUCCAGCCCCUGACCGACUGCAGUAACCAACGGACUAAGAAUCAGUUCCGGCCGCGCGUCGGCAAGGGUGGCGCGACGAGCUACCAGCUGCGACAGUAUGCCGAGGUCACAUUGGGAGGCGGCAGCUUGAGAAAGGUUGUCAAGCUGCCCGAGGGCGAGGAUGAGAACGAGUGGCUCGCCGUCAACAUGGUCGACUUCUACAACCAAAUCAACCUGCUCUACGGCGCCAUUACUGAAUUUUGCUCUCCGCAAUCAUGUCCCGAGAUGAAGGCGACGGACGAGUUCGAGUAUCUGUGGCAAGACAGCGAAAACUACAAGAAGCCGACCAAGAUGCCCGCCCCGGCGUACAUCGAACAGCUCAUGACGUGGGUGCAAGCCAACAUUGACAACGAGUCAGUGCUGCCAAGCAAGAUUGGUGUACCGUUCCCCAAGUCAUUCCCGGCGCUGGUCCGCCAAAUCUUCAAGCGCAUGUACCGGGUCUACGCACACAUCUACUGCCACCACUACCCCGUCAUUCGCGAGCUUGGUCUUGAGCCGCACCUCAACACAAGCUUCAAGCAGUACGUGCUCUUCAUCGACGAGCACGGCCUCGCCAGUGGACGCGACUACUGGGGCCCGCUGGGUGAUCUCGUGGACAGCAUGUUGCGGAGCGACUGA